AUGCUAUCACGAAUUGCCAAGAAGUGUGCAGGCCUCCCCGGAAAUAGAUAUUCUUUUCUUUUUAGCUCUCUGAGGAGGUACUCAGGAAUUGACCUCGAAAAACCUUGUCAGGAGUUGAAUUUUAUCGACGGUCGUAGGCAAAAUCCUGUCAGCAGUGAAGGUGAACACGAGAUCUAUAUCAUGGAGCCAGCCACGGGAAGGAUUCUCUGUGAAACGCAUGGAUCGGGAAAACCUGAAGUGGAUCGCGCGGUUCAGUCAGCAAAAGAUGCUUUCAAUUCGUGGUCUGCGAUGUCGGGGAUGGAACGAGGGAAAAUUCUGCGCGAAGCUGCUACUAUUAUUAGGUCAAGAGUAAAGGAUUUAGCGACAGUGGAGGUCACUGACAAUGGUAGGUCGCGUUAUGAUAGCUGUUAUGUGAACAAAAUUCUGGGAAAUCAGGUACUUGCUCGGAAAUUAUCUGACGUUACAAGCUAAUCGUAAGUGAAAGGUACGUGUACCGUCGAAGGAAGGAAUGGAAUGGAAUGGAAUGGACUGAGAUGGACUGGACUCAGGUGACAGAACUAGAGACCGCAGGUUUUCUUGUUUCAGCAAUGUUUUUACAUAUUUGUUAUUAAAUUUCUUAUUUUCAUUUUCAAAUUGUGUCUCUAAACAAAGGAAGCACUUUGUUGCAAAAGCUACUCAUAGCUGAUUAGAGUGGAUAUGUCACAGUUUCUAUACCAUACCUGCCAACUCUCCCAGUUUUCCAGGGAGCCUCCAAGUUUUUCAUCAAAUCUCCCGGGAAAUACCUACAGCUGUACCAUGCCCUUAUUCAAAAUUUUUUGAUUAAUUUUGUUAUUUUUCGAGAUGUCAAAAAGGAAAAUAGAAAAUAAAAGAAGAAGUGGAUUUAGUGCUUUUAUUUUAGCUGUUCUCGAUUGGAAAACGUAAAACAUAUCAUUAACGUGUAUCAUAAUUGCUCGAAAUCAACCAAUCAAAUUGCACAAUACAUGGUAGAAAGUUGGCACAGUUUUCGCACGCUGUUAUCUAGGCUGAAAACAUGUGGAAGACCUUUGGGUAAUAUUUUGGAAAGUAUGUCAAAAAUUGCAUUCUUAUUUAGUACAAUGCAAAGAUUUCUAGACGUCUCCAGAUUUUUGUACACCGGGGGUUCACAGGUGUGCUAUACCCUGAAAAAUUUAGCCCAAAUUUCUCUAUCCAUGUUAAAUUUCUUCUUCCUCCUUUCUAAAUCGUCCUUAAUCCUUUAUUUAGCAAUAAUUGGUUGAGGGUAAUAUGACGAAUUUUGCAGAUUGAGGGGGCUUUCAGCUUUAGUGAACACUCCCUUAGUUGAUCAGAUCAGAUUAGAUCAGAUCUGAUCAACUGCUGUGACACAAUGACAAAUGGUUAAAGUUAGUACUGGGUUUGAUCCACCCUUUUCCAAUCCACAUAAUUGUCAACAGCCUCUUUAUGCUAUUUUACCAGUCAAUUAAAGUGUAUAGUUGCUAGAUAUACCAGCUAUAUAUCCAUGACCUUUAAUCUCUAUCAUUUAACCUCAUAUUUUUCCAUUCUCCCCUUGGGCAAAGGUUUGGGCUAAAAGGAUCAUAAACUCAUAUAUAAUUAUGUUCCCUUACUGGAAGCAACAGGUUGCUUGCUUGUAAAAAUAGGCAUAAAAAUGUAUCUCCUAUAGAGUGUUUUCACUGUGACAUCAUCAAUACAGUGAGGCCCUCUGAAUUCUUAUGUAUACCAGGUUGUAGGGGACCGAAAAAUGAAUCUUUGUAGAAGUUUUCAGCCCUGUAGUGUCUUCUAUUUUGAAAAUACAGCAUUUUGAAUUUCCGGAUUUUCACAAUGUGUGACACCACAAUGAACGGUAGCCUCAGCAAAGAUGUCUGGUUAAAGAAAAGCUAUCUCCUUAUGAUUUUCGGCAGAUGUCAAAAUGGAAAAUAAAACAAGAAGUGGAUUUAGUGCUCCUAUUUGAGAUGUUCUUGAUUGGAAAGUGUAAGGCAGAGCAAGCAAAUUGAUAUAUAUUUAACAAGUAUCGUAAUUGGUCAGAAAUCAACCAAUCAAAUUGCACAAUACAUGGUAGAAAGUUUAUAUGGUUUUUGCACUCUGUUAUUGACAUCAGGAACAUUUGGAGAGUAUUCAGACCUUGAAAAUGACAUUCUUACAACUCAAAGAUUUCUAGAUGUCUCCAGAUUUUUGUACUCUGAGGGCUGGCAGGUAUGGGUGUCCCAUCAUGUUGGUGUCCCUGAUGUUAGUACACCAGCAGAGGCCCUGCCAGGGCCUGCCAUGUCUUAUGUCGGGUUUAUAAAUGCUUCACGUCGCUGUCAAAAAUUGAAUGAAAAUUCUUUUCUUGGUCAGAAUUUUAGAAAAGGGGGAUAGUGACGCAUUAUAAAGAAACCAUUACAGUUCUGCAAUUUCUCAGUUAACAUUUCUCAUAUCAAACACCUAUACAUUGCCAUUCACAAUUAACACAAUUCAUAGGAGGGUCCAUAAGAAGCUCACUGACAAUAGAUGCUCUCUGUAGCGCAAGGUGAAUUGACAAAAAUUACUUCUUCCUGUCGCAAUUUGGCUAAAGGUAGGUUGUCUCUUGUCACAAUUUCAUUUUACAGUCUGUUGCUACUUUUUGAGUCAUGUCGCUUGUUGGAAAUUUACCCUGGCAGGGCCUUCCAGCAUGGCAUCCCCAUACACAGCUCUCUAAACUUGCGUGGAACAUUUUGGUAAACAACUAAGAAACGAUGUGCUGCACAGACCUGAGACUUGGAUGUAUUGUAUAUUUAUGAGUCUUCUGUAGCAUUUCAUUUUCUUGGCUUCUUUCAUGCAACAGUUUCAAAGUCAUUUUUUUCAUUGUGUGACAGUGAAAACACUUUCUAUACCAGUAAAGGACCUCAGUUUGGUCAGGAGACACUCAAUCUGCCACUGUGCAUGAUAUGUUAAUUUCGUAGUUGUGUAUCACGAGUGAAAAGAAGUAUGCAGACCCUGGUGACCCUUGAGGUUAAAACGUAUACCCAGCAGAAUUUAAGGAGGAGUGAAGCUUUGUGAGUCUUUCUAGUAAAUGAUAAUGGUAAUACUUUUAUCUUUUACACUACAGGGAAACCAUUUCAUGAAGCAGUAUGGGAUAUUGAAGGUUGCGCAGAUGUUAUUGAUUACUAUGCUGGUCUUGCACCUACCAUCAGUGGAAAGCACAUCCAGCUUCCUAAUGGGAACUUUGCUUACACUAGAAGAGAGCCAUUAGGUGUUGUAGCAGGUAUGGUACAGAGUUAAAUCUUUAUUCACACUUUAGCAACUACAACAACAACAAACAAUAAUCUUUUUUUCCUUGUUUCAGUUUUACAAAAGUGCGCUGGCCUGCCGGUAGCUAGCUAGAGCUAUUUUUCAAUUAUCUUGACGCGCCAGUCAAUUUGCGUGUCCCCUCGAAGGGAAUAAUUUUAUUAUUUUAUGUGUACAUGUUUAUCUAAAUAUAAUGUAGAAGGAUAUUUAUACAAAGGAGAGGAAGAAUUUACCGUACGUAUAAAGGAUUUGCAGUAAAUAGAGUUUAACAGGAAAAGCUGGCCAUAGUAUCAAUUCAUACUCUCGUUACUGAGGAUUUUACCUUAGAAAUGGGGCGCGAUCCAUUCAACCAAAAUUCCAACUGGUCCGGCCCCGAAAAGUGGUCCACCUCAAAAGGUGGACCCGUUUUUCAAAACUUUUCCGGUUGGACCGAACCGAUCCAUUGAGUUUUGGAUCCGAAAUGUCAGGAAAUUUUGGUUGAAUGGAUCGCGCCCAUGAUCUACAGUGUACCCCAACUGCCUCAAUCAAGAUACCAUCCUAUAAUUAUCACAUUUCUCUACAGUCAAAGCACUAUAGUUAAAACUUAUCUCAAGACCAUAUUGUUUUUCAUUUAAUUCAUUACCACUCUAACGUUUUUUUUUGUUCUUUGCUAACAUGCAUGCAGGCAUUGGAGCAUGGAACUACCCAUUUCAGAUCUGUACCUGGAAGUCAACUCCAGCACUAGCUUGUGGGAACACUAUUGUGUUCAAGCCCUCACCACUCACCCCGUUGACAGCUAUCUUGAUUGCUGAGAUUUUCACUGAAGCGGGACUUCCCAAUGGAGCCUUAAACAUUGUUCAGGGCGGAGCUAGUACUGGCCAUUUGCUUUCAUCACAUCCGGAUGUAGACAAGGUUUCAUUUACUGGGUCGGUGCCCACUGGAAAGAAGGUUAGGAUUAUAUAGAAGCUCCUAAUUUUAUUUUUACCCUGGCGAUUAUUUUUCUGGUUAACCCACUUAAGCUCCCGGAAAUUUUCCUGAGUAACAUGUUUGAGCUGUUUUCUGGGCAUUGUCUGGCUUAAUUUAGUGUUAAAACUGCUCAAACUACUGCUUAUGAGUCAAGCACUUAGCUUUGCGACCAUCUGUGCCUAGAUGCAAAGUGUUUGGGCCUGCGCAGAAAACAAAAUUGUGCAAUAGUCUCUGGGUUUGACCUCCUCCUCCCCUCUUCUUUCACUUUUCCAUGCCCCAUUUUUUCUUCUGUUUGGCAUUUACCAGGUGUCAUUUUGGUACAAAACGUUUUGGGGAAAUUUUUUAGGAUUGUAGGAUUAGAGGGAAGAAAGUGCAGGAGGUUAGUGGAACAAGAUUUUCACUGGAAUUUUUGAGUCAACUUUUUAUAUUUUUUCCAUUUUUCUCCAGUCUCCUGGCAUAUUGUUUGAAAGUUCUCUUCAUCGUGCAUGUCAAGUCAGAGGACAAAGUUGUCCUUGACCAUUAAAACUGAUGAUGUCACAAGUGGUACAAGGGAUGUGGGUCCACAUGGGUGAUUAGGGGUGGUUCAGAGUUAACAGGGCUGCCCUUAAACCAAAGCCUAUUAAAGCAACUGGGUGAACAUGUGAGAUGGCUGGGUUCUGAACUCAAACCAAAGAUGUAGAUUAUGGUGGACAAAAAAGUGAACAUUUAUUUUCAUUGUAUCACUGCUUUCUCCAUAGGUCAUGGCAGAUGCAUCUACAGGUAUAAAACAUGUCACACUUGAGUUGGGAGGAAAGUCUCCACUGCUUGUGUUUUCUGAUGCUGACUUGGAAAAUGCUGUUAAAGGAGCCAUGAUGGCAAACUUUCUUACUCAGGGAGAGGUAUGUUUCUUAUCACUAUGAGAGUCAAAUCACAUAAAUUAUAGUGGUAAUGUUGAUGAGAUUUCCUUUGUUAUGUUAAUUUUUAUUGAAGUAUAUUUUUUACAGGUCAAAAUUAUAUUCAUAAUUAUAUUAUUUCAUAUUUACUUGAUGCUGACAGGUCUGUUCUAAUGGAACCCGAGUAUUUGUGGAAAAGAGCAUCUUAGAUGAUUUCCUCACAAAGUUGGUUGAGCGCACUAAAAAGAUCCGUGUUGGAGAUCCCAUGAACCCAGAUACUCAGAUGGGUGCCUUGAUCUCUGAGGAACAUCUUCAUAAGGUGCUGGAGUAUGUGAGAAUAGGACGUGAGCAGGUAUGUGACCUUUGACAAAAUUAUUAUUAUUAGGGGGGUGGUUAAAACAAGUGCACUCAACAAUUACCCUAGUGGGGAGGCUCACAUUUUUUGGCCUAAAAAAAUGGAUACCGGUAUGUGCUGCUGAACAGGGUAUGUGCAUUUGUAGGUUGAUGAUGAGUGGUCUACAUAAUUAUGUGGUACCAGCAUUUUUUUUCUAAUUAAAACUAAGUUAGUAAUGUAAGUUUGAAAUAUUACUUAAUCUUGUAUGCAACAUGAAAUGUAUCAGGGUCAUAAAAUAACACCUGUUGCCUUUAACAAGGUAGCAAAAUGAACCAUUUUUGUCUUAAACAGGAUCAGGGUUUGAAGGCCUCAUGGGCACACCUCUACCCAAACUGCCCUUGAGUGCCCCUCCCGUCCCCCCUCCAGGACAAGGAACCACCUUCUCUUGGGUUGAUAGGGCUCUACAAGACACCAUCCACUUAACAAGCCCUUAAAAAUAGAUGGAAAUUGAAAGCUUACUUUGCCAGACAAACCGAUCAGUGGGCACAAGUUAUAUCUUAAAAGGUGUGUGUUUUCCUUUUAGGGUGCCAAGGUUCUUUGUGGAGGUGAACGUGUUAGACUUGAUGACCACAGGCUGGCCAAUGGGUUCUACAUGUCACCCUGUGUCAUGACUGACUGUACAGAUGACAUGACCGUUGUCAAGGAGGAGAUAUUUGGUCCUGUCAUGACUGUACUGUCAUUUGACUCUGAAGAAGAAGCCAUAGCAAGAGCCAAUGACACAGAGUUUGGGUUGUCUGCUGGGGUCUUUACCAGGUACACGAUGUAGACCCUAUAUAGGUAUUGUUGUACGACAUAGCAGUGAGAAACAAAUGAUGGCAUGGAGAAUUAACUCUGGAGUGAUGAUUUAAGUGCUAUAUUUACCUCCCAACCUUAUCCGAGUCAAAUGCGUGAGAUUUUCGUCUUGUCAUGACCAGCAUUUCCGAAACGUCCCCGCGACGUCCGGAGAUUUCCGACGAUUUGCCGAAGACUUCCGAACAUUGUCGAAAAUGUCCGAAGAUGUCCCGACGACCUUUGAGCAUUUGCAAAGCUAAGUUUUUAUGAAGUUUUUGUUAUUGUUUGUAUUUCAGUACUCUAUAAAAUUAUCGACUUUAUGUAUCCUGAUUUUGCAGAGAUCUUGCUCGUGCCCAUCGCGUUAUCUCCAAGCUUCAAGCAGGGUCUUGCUGGAUCAACAAUUAUAAUAUGACACCAGUCGAAGUGCCUUUUGGUGGUUAUAAGAUGUCGGGCGUUGGCCGAGAACUAGGUGAAGACACCAUUGAUUACUACACACAGGUCAAGUCAGUUUACGUCGAGAUGGGGGAUGUUGAGUCACCGUUUUAAAAUGUGUCAUGGUCGUGUUUAUAAGAGUCAAUGUGCCGUGAAACUGCGUAUACAGCCCAACGAUCAAGAAGCGAAUAAAAUUACGCCUUGGAUGGGUCGAUUUAGUUUUUUAAGCGAUAUGAUUUUAGACUUUUACUCAGCUAAGCAGCAGUGCAUCAAGUAGUCUUGAGAUUACUGUGAUUCUCAGAAGUCUGUUUUACCCACUACAAAUCGUCUUCCCUUCCGAUGCGAGUUGGUCUUUUAUCUUUCUGGAAAGACUGAGAGCAUACAAGCGCCUCUUACUUGUAAGAAUUUUACCUGCAUAUUUGAUAUCGGACCCGAAAAGUUAACGGGACUCUCGAGAAACGGGCCCCCGGUUAUAACGUUGCCCCCUAAAUAAGAAGUAAACUCCAUUUCUCAUGUCACAUAAGGACGUUCGAGGCUUGAAUCGUAACAACUGAAUGGCAAUCAAUCCUGUUAUAAAAAAAUAAACUUUAAGAGCCAAUUGGUUCGAUACCCUAACCGUGAAAAAAAUGGAAAUAUUGAUAAACAAUAGACCAAUUCCGAUAUAUUAAAAGUCAUACUUGGCUGCGUUAUGAAGAAGAAAUGUAUUGUUCACUGCUGAGUCUCAAGAUGAUUUCUUUUGUUUUAUUCCCCCAAGCCUCGGAGCCAAGUAUGAAUUUUAAUAUAUCAAAAAUGGUCUAAAGAUGUGUUAUUGUUUUCUGCGACUAAUGAGGAAACACCUUGCAAGCAGCUCCUACAUCA